AUGUCAGUCUCCAUGGCUACAGACUCUUACCCGCCCCUCGACUGGUCGGUCGUCUCUGUGACCCCCGCGGGCAGAAACGUCACCGGCUGGCAGCGUGACAGCCUCCUGGCGGUGGCUGAGGUGGUGGUGCUGGCGGUCAUCCUGGUGAUGGCGCUGCUCGGGAACGGGCUGGUGCUGGUGGUGCUGCUGAGGCGGAGACGACACCACAACCCGCUGCAUCAGUUCAUGCUCAACCUCUGCGUGGCCGACCUGGUGGUGGCGUUGUUCCAGGUGCUGCCUCAGCUCGUGUGGGACGCUAAAGGUCGUUUCCCGGGUCCAGACUUCCUGUGUCGUCUGGUGAAGUACCUGCAGGUCCUCGGGAUGUUCGCCUCCUCCUACAUGAUCGUUGCGAUGACGAUGGACCGUCACUACGCCAUCUGCUGCCCCCUGCUGGCGCACCGCAGCGGAGCCACUCAGCGCUGGAACAGCUUCAUACUGCUGGCCUGGGGGCUGUCACUGCUGCUCAGCCUGCCACAGGUCUUCAUCUUCUCGCGUUCAGAAGUGGCUCCAGGUGUCUACGAGUGUUGGGGGAACUUUGCAGAGUCCUGGGGCCUCAAAGCCUACGUGACCUGGAUGACCCUGGCAGUCUUCAUCCUCCCGGCCCUCGUCAUCACAGUCUGCCAGGUGCGAAUAUUCAAGGAGAUCCACAACAAUCUGUACCUGAAGUCAGACCGGCGGCUGUCCCCCGUCUCCCUCCCUCCAUCCAGACGGGACAGCCAGAGAGGAGGAGGAGGAGGAGGAGGAGGAGGAGGAGGAGGAGGCAGAGGGAGAUCCAGUCUCUCUCUGUAUGUUGCACCAAUUAUGUUCAACAACCCUGUGAGCCAGACCAGCUUUGAGCCAGGAUCUACAUUUGCACACCUGCAAAUGGGUCCACUCAGGUCCAACAGCAUGACUCCACAUUGUGACAUUCACACCUACACAGCUGUUCAUCCAGCUGAGCUGCAGCCGGAUGUCCUGCCUGACCCUGCAGCGCCCUCUGCUGUCUGCUGCAGCCCACCGAAAGCCCCCCAAGCCCACGGUGGAGGAGUAACAGCAGCCAUGAAGAAGACUGUGAGGAUGACUCUGGUCAUCGUGCUCGUCUACUCGCUCUGCUGGGCUCCGUUCUUCAGCGUCCAACUGUGGGCCGCAUGGGACCCAGACCCACCCAAGAACGGUGCAGUCUUCACCCUGCUGAUGCUGCUGGCCAGUCUGAACUCCUGCACCAACCCCUGGAUCUACUCUGCCUUCUCCAGCAGCGUGUCCCCGGAGCUCCGUCUGCUGCUGCUCUGUCGGAAGCCCUCACCGCGCCGAGGCUCCUUACCGAGCGACUCCACCACCACACACAACUCCAACUACUGAACAGAAGCCACAACACCU